CAAAAUCCAAAAUUUUUACCCAGGCUUCCUCUGGUAGACAGGUCCCCAACACUUCCCAGAGUUUCGCAAGUCUAGCUCAAAUCCCCAGCUCUCUAAUCACAUAAUUGGUCUUUCUAGUAUGACCAGCCUCCCUCAGUAUAAACUCAGGGAGUCAAGGUGGCAACCAUGAAUAACAAUGACACUCCUAAUACCUGGGAAAUUCCAAGGUUUUAUCUCCCAGGAACCAGCGGCAAGAGCCAGACACAGUCUCUAUAAUUCAGCAAUGGUGAAGAAGGGAAGAGGUCAGGAUCAGUUUUUGCGAUCAUUCAGCCAAUAUCUGUGGAGCAGCUGCUAGGGCCAAAGAGUUCUAGAAACUCAGAAGGGGUAAAGCAGAUACCUACUGAGGACCUCCUGGAGCCCAUGUCCCCUGGAAGAAAACAACAAUGAAGAUCAGAAAGCCACAUGGUGCGUUAGAAGGUGACAAGUAUGAAGUGGGGACCCGGCCACAGGCAUGAGGGGCUCUCGGCAGAGAUGAUAGUGCUGGCGCCAGCCUGGAGCCCAAUUUCCUCACUGCUGCUGCUGCUGCUGCUGAGCCCUGGCCUCCGGGGGACCCCCGACUGCUCCUUCAAGCACAGCCCCAUCACAUCUACUUUUGCAGCCACCAUCCGCAAGCUGUCUGACUACCUGCUUCACGAUUACCCAGUCACUGUGGCCUCCAACCUGCAGGACGAAGAACUCUGCAAGGCACUGUGGCAGCUGGUACUGGCUCAGCGCUGGAUGGAGCAACUCAAAACUGUGGCCGGGUCUCAGAUGAAAAUCCUCCUGGAGGACGUCAACACUGAAAUACACUUUGUCACCUUAUGUGCCUUCCAGCCCCUCCCCAGCUGCCUUCGCUUCGUCCAGACCAACAUCUCCCACCUCCUGCAGGACACCCUCGAGCAGCUGGUGGCUCUGAAGCCCUGGAUCACCCGCCGGAAUUUCUCUCGGUGCCUGGAGCUGCAGUGCCAGCCCGACUCCUCCACCCUGCCGCCCCCAAGGAGUCCCCGAGCCUUGGGGGCAACAGCACUGCCAGCCCCUCAGUCCCACCUGCUGUUCCUGCUGCUGCUGCUGCCCGUGGCCCUGCCACCACUGGCCGCUCUCUUGUGCCUACGCUGGAGAAGGGUGAAUGGCCGCCCUGCCCCUCAGGUGAGGAACAGGUGCCCCCUGCCUCCAGUCCCCAGGGUGUGCUGCUUGUGGAGUGCUGACCCGGCUGGGGCCUUGUCUUGGACUGUCACAAGGCUAAGUGAAGUGACACAAGGAAAGGCCCUCAGAGAAACACUGCCAAGUGGAAAUACAAUGAAGCCACAUGUGAUUUUCAAUUCCCUAGUCCUCACGUCAAAAAAAAAAAAAAAAAAGGGAAAAGCAGCAGGUAACUUUAGACAGCACAGAGGCACACGCCUGUAAUCCCAACAAUUCAGGAGGCUGAAGGAGGAUUGAACAUUGGAGACCAACCUCAACCAAUUAGCAAGACCCUGUCUCAAAAAUAAAAUAAAAGGGGCUGGGGUUGUGGCUCAGUGAUACAGCACUUG